AUGAUCUCCAACUGUUCCGUGAUGGCUCUGCUCCUCCUCUUGGCGCUAACUACGGCUCAACUGGAUAACCACUUCGAUGAUGUGAGUUGGGACCUGAAAAUGGGCAGUUCCUCUGGGCACGUGUCUUUUUGACCCUUACCUUCGUCUACGGUAACCGAAACCUUGUUUUCGCGAAAUGGACGGGAUGAAAGAGACGUCGAAUACAUAGACAAUCGAAAAACAUUAAUCAAAGAGCCCGCACGGGGAGCUCGGUUAUGCUGGGGACGGUGUCGUCAUGGAGGUGACGUGGCGAUCGUAUUUAUUUCGAAUCUAGCUAGGCGCGCGCGCACUUCUCAACUUUACGAAAUCUUUGAAGCUUGGCCUUCUGACCUACUUUUGACCUGAAAGCAAAGCAACGAGGAAGCCCCGCUUCCUCGGAAUCUCGCCUCUUUGCUCAUUCAUAUCUCCAGACAAAACAAGCGCGUAUCUAAUAACCACGAAAGCCCCUGAUUACGAAUUCCUCGCGCCGAGAGAUCCUUCUUCCCCAGAGACCUUUGAAAUUAGACAAAGUGCACCGGAACCGGAAACCUUUCGGUUCACGGUUUCACGGUUCAUCUGGCUAAAGUAUACAUUGAGCCCCCGAGCCAGAUGGAAUCGAAUCACGUUUCCCCGCGUUGCACUUGUCGGCCCGCAGUAGUUCUAGGCCGUCUGUAGACGUCGUCAUUGAAAGGACACUAACCCAUUCAUGGCACUCUUUUCACUUCCUGGCGCAUUGCAUUGAUAAAUGAUCAAUGAAGAUGAGCCAAGGACCGCCUGUUUGCUCAUAGGGAAACGACGAACGAACACUGCACAAGUGCGUUGAAUCGAAAUAUUCGAGCAGAGCACACGGGUUUGAUGGAUGUGCGAACAAAAAGGUUGGCGGAAGGUAAAAAGUGAGAAAUGCGGAAGUUUGAAAAGUGGUUGUCCGCAGAGAAUGAAGCGAAAACGACUUUUGGCAAUUAUUCUCGCAAAAGGGCAAUCGCGCUCUAUCGCUCAAGUCUAGCUAGACCAGCGAUCGGGCGAAAUUCCAAUGUUUUCCGAGUAAUCUGCCGAAAAAUGUGUGUGUAAAUCACCAAAGCUCCUAGACAUUAACAAAUUAUUCACUGGGAUCCGGAGACUAAAUUCAUUAAAAUUUCGCCGCCGCAGUUUUUGGAAUCGGCUGCCUCGUUUUGUAAAUUGAGUGUGAUUUCGAUGGAAUUGAUGAUCUUAGGGCCGAGUUUGAAGAAAAAUGAAAAAGCUCGAUGCUUUUCGUCCCCCCGGCAGUGUUCGUCAGAAAUUGUGCACAAUUUCUGACAGAACUUUUCGUCAAAAUUGAUUAAAAUUUGCACGAACCCAUGAUACGAACUACCGGUUUGCAGGCACAAGUGUACUGGCCGUCGCAGUACAAGCGCAGUUCGGUUUCGUCGGGCGCCGACGGCGAGCUCUACGCGUUCCCGGGACUGCGGGGUCUGCGCGGAAAACGCGAUCCGAUGUACCACAAGCGUGUGCCGAUGAUGUCGCUGAAGGGAUUGCGGGGUAAACGUUUCGGCAGAGAAGAGGAGCAGAAAUAGGUCGGAGAGGCCUGCGAAACGAGGAGCGGCGGCGGUUCUUGUGGUGAGUUGGACAGUUUGACUGCAGACCAUUCCACUAGACUUUCAGAUAUCCAUUCUUCUCAAUUUGUGUCCCAGCCAACUCCUCUUCGUCUUUUUCUCCGUUUUCUCUAG